AUGGGCCCCUCUCAAAAACGGGGCUAUAACGACUUGCCAGCUAUGGCAAACAAAAGCGCUGGUCAACGGCAGACCGCCGCCAACACGAACCGUCGGCCUGUACGCAGCCUGCGCAUCCACCCCCCCCCGACACAGAGACAAAUAGCAGCGAAAGAUGAUGGGACUCAGACUUCCUUGGACGUAAAGGACGGGGAAGAUGUCCUCGUUUCGUCCAUUGCGGCUCUCACCCUCGACGUUCCCCUCGUGCCGCUCCGCCCCAAGCGACGAGUUCCUUCCAAGCCAUUCCCCCUUCUGAUGCUCCCUCCCGAAGUUCGCAUCAGAAUAUACGAAUAUUUCUUCGCCGACGCGGACAGUAACCGCGUACUGGACCUCGCGCCUUCAAAUUACAGAGACUACCACCGGAAGCUGGGCUUAAUGCGCGUUAAUCGUCAGAUUCACGAGGAGGCGACGCACUACUUCUACAGCUCGCGCACUUUUCGUAUAUUUCCUACCUUCCCGGGCAGAUACUUCAAAACGAAGAAGCCACUCCUAUCUCGUCUCAAGAAGAACCAGCGUCAAUGCAUUACAUCGCUCGAACUGCGCCUUGGGCCCGGGUUCAACGCUCCGCCAAAGGGCUGGAUUGUCAACGAUGCUCUCGGCCUAGCAGACUGCUCCAACGUGCGUAAACUCUCAGUCUUCGUCGAGUGUGAUCCCAGCGAUGGUGUGUUCAAGGGCUUCCGUCGCGCAGAAGGCUUCUACGAAGGGUUCAGCCGCAGCCUCCUGUCGUCCGUCCUCGAAGCCAUGCCCCCGAUUGGGGCUAUUGAAUUUGACGCUUGGACAAGCGUCAAGAUGAACGGCGCCAUGAUGGGCGGAUUAAUCGACAUCGCCAAGGCGUCGGGCUAUCCUAUCAGGUGGGGGCCGGAGCGGGGAUGGACUGACUCCACCGACGACGGCGACGACAUCUUGCGUUACACCCAGGCAGCUUUGGAUGAAUCGGAAUAUAAACGUGCGAUCCAGACCAUGUACAGCUUGGACAGCAGCCUCGUAUAA